AUGUGCAUAUGAGUUUCGGUACGUUACAUAUUGUUUUGGUUCAUUCAAAUAUAUAUGUAAUUUUGUGGUCACAUUCAGUAAUCGUUUAACUAGUUUCAGGCAGUAUGUGUAUUGCACGAUCAUCCGUUUUAUAUGACAACUGCCAGCUGGUCUUUGAAAUUGCACAAUGGAUCCUGUUUGUACAUGGUAAUUUAUUAGAAUGGUCUGUUGGCAUUUAUCUAAAAAAUAUAUAUAAUAUAUAUAUACAUUUUAUCAGCGAGAAUGUUCUUUACUUCUAUAUAGCCUAUUCCUUAAACCCUGUUUAUAUAUGUGCCUUUUAAGGGAUAUUUUACACAAAAGUGAAAAUGUACUUUUACUCAUGCCAUCCCAGAUGUGUAUGACCUUCAUUCUUCUGCUGAGCACACAAAUUAAGAUUUUUAGGAGAAUAUCAAAUUUCUGAAUGCACAAUGCAAGUGAAUGGUGGUCAGAACUUUGAAUCUCCAAAAAUCACAUAAAGGCAGCAUAAAAGUAAUCCAUACAACUCCAGUGGUUAAAUCCAUAUCUUCAAAAAUAAGUCCUUUUUUACUAUUAAUCUCCAGCUUCACUCCCACAUUCUUCUUUUGUUUUUUGGCGAUUUGCAUUCUUCAUGCAUAUCACUGCCAACUGGUCAGGCCUGGUAAUAGGUGGAGAUUUAUAGAAAUAAAGGACUUAAAUAUUUAUUUGUUUCACACCCACACCUAUCAUAUUUCUUCAGAAGUCUUACAAAUUGUAUUCUGACUUUGUUUUGUUUUUUGGUGAUUCAGAGGAUGGACAAAUAGAGUAAGAUUUUUGGAUGAACUAUCCCUUUAAUGACAGUCCAGAUCUCUCUGUAUGGUUUGAUAAGUCCAAUAUUAAAUUCUGUUCAUUUGAGACUAAAUGUAUGGAUAAUUGCUUUGCUAUGUUUGGUCUUUUAAACUGCACAUUACAUUGUGAAAUGAUAGUACUUAUUUCUACCAGUAUUUCAUCUCAUUCCUUUUAGACCCAGAGUACAUCACUAUCUCCUGAGAGAACAUGACUGAUGCUUUCUGUAGCAACAGUGAGGCAGUUCUCCAACGCUCUGUGAAUGUGUCCACCAUUGCAACAGGAAGCCAUGGUGGAAAUUUGGUGGAGCUGUAUCAGAUAACUGAGACUUGUCAUUUUGUCACUAGUAACAAAUUCAAGAAGGUAGCCUUGCAGUUUCCAGAUGAACUCCUGCCUGAUGCUGUUUCAGUCUCUGCAGAAAUAGAGAAAGAAACCAAAGCAAAGACAUUCAUUUUAGGAGAUACAUCAUAUGGCAGCUGUUGUGUGGAUGAAGUAGCAGCAGAACAUGUUGGAGCAGACUGUAUAGUACACUAUGGGCCAUCUUGUCUUAGCCCAUGUAGUCGACUGCCCCUACUGUAUGUGUUUGGGAAGAGGCCUAUUGAAAUCCAGCAGUGUGCUACAGCCUUUAAAGAGCUCUACCCUGACAGCCAAAGUCAUGUCAUCAUCUUGUACGAUGUCACCUAUUCACAUGCUAUAGGUGAUCUCAGGAAGCUCUUGCGUGAUAUCUACCCCAAUAUUGUGGUCUCUCGUCUAAAAGCAGAUGGUGCUGAACUGGUUCAGGACAGUGAUAACUUGGAUUUACAGGAUGAUAGAGUCAUUAUUAAAUUUGGUAGACAGUUUUGUGUAAAUGAGGGACAGAGCAUUGAUGAUUACAGUAUGUUCUACAUUGGCAAGGAAGGCCUGACUCUUACAAAUUUCAUGAUGACCUGGAACCAUUGUGUCUUCAGCUCAUUCAAUCCAGAAAUGUCCACAGGCCAAGUUGAAUCUAUUAAUAUCAAUAAAGCACUAAUGAAACGCUAUUAUGCCAUUGAGCGGGCCAAGGAUGCCGGUGUGGUGGGCAUUUUGGUGGGCACACUGGGUGUUGCCAACUACCUGACCAUCAUUGAGCAGCUGAAAGACAUUAUUCACAAAGCAGGCAAGAAGAGCUAUAUGUUUGCCAUGGGAAAGAUCAAUGUUCCCAAGCUGGCAAACUUCUUGGAAAUCGAUGUUUACGUGCUAGUUGCUUGCCCAGAGAACUCGCUACUGGAUUCAAGUGAAUUUUACAGACCUGUGGUGACUCCCUUUGAGAUGGAGUUGGCUUGCAAUAAGCACAGGGAGUGGACUGGAGAAUAUGUCACAGAUUUCAGAGAAUUACUGCCUGGUGGGAGCAGCCAUGUGGACAUCCCAGAACCAAACCAGUCUACCAAUGAGGAGACCACGGAUGUAUCACUUAUCACAGGAGCUCUGCGAACUUCUUGUUCCACCAGUUCGUCAGUGAUAAAAAAAGGCACAUCAGAUUCUUCCUCACUUGUACUCCGGAAUCAAACUCUCACUGUUGCUAAUGCUAACACUGCAGCAUCAUUUUUGGCUGGCCGUAGUUGGCAGGGACUGGAGCCCAAGCUGGGGCAGACACCAAUAGUGAAAGCUGUGGAGGGACGGAGAGGCAUUGCAAUAGCUUAUGAGGAGGAGGGUGUGGGCAAUGGAGACUCUUCAACAAUACCUCUCUAUAAAUCAUAACCCUC